GAAACUUCUCCUCCGCAAUUCACUCCUAUUCAUGCAUUCGUUGAAAUAGAGUAUCGAUUUUGUAGUGAUAAUUGCGGCGUCCAAAGGGCGAUGUGACCACUGGAUAUAGUAAUAGUAGGCGUACUGCUGCAUUUACAAUGAAGGAAAUUUCUUCAACUAGGAAUCCUUGCAUGCGUACCCUAUUUGAAGCGAAAGUACUGCUUAUUCCGGGCAACUACUGUUCUCUCCUCUUUUCUUAUUUUCACGACACUAGAAAAUGCUUGGUGAUAGUUUGAAGCAUAGCGAUCUUGAAGUAUUCCAUGGCGAGAUCAGAGUCUCAGACCCCGGGAUACAGGUCAAAGUUGAGACUGGAAUCAUUCCGGGAGGAAAACAUUACGAAUUAGAAGUUGCAGAUUCAAGGUUGCCGACUAGUGAUGGGGAUGUGUCUGAGAUUACCAACAGAGCGGAGUUGACUUCAAAAAAUGAAAUUGCACAAAGGAAGAAAUGGAGCGCUAAGGAUUUAUAUAGAAGACGAAAAUGGUUUGUUAUCGGAGGAUUUAUGAUGCUGGUUUCGUUAAUUGCCCUUGCUUCUAUACUAGGAGUUGUGAUGAAGUCCAGGCAACAAGCUUCUGCCUCCCCUUCCACCACAAGUUCUAUCAACGAAAUUACCUCGAUGGUGACUCUAGCAUCUCCAACAGUAUCGACAUCUACAACGAUAUCACAGUCACUGUCAACCGCUCAAGGUACGGUCGUGGCAACGCCUUCCUCGAAUGUCAUCAGAAACAUUGCUGCAGUUUCCUAUACCUCUGAUUUUGUCAACAUAACUAAAAUUUACUAUUCAAAUAACUCCGGUCAAUUGAUAGAAGCAACAACUUCAAAUGCAAGCUUGUCUACUACACCUACGUGGACAAAGAAUAUGUUAAACUAUACCACGAACAAUGGAUCAGCUAUUGCGGCCGCGGUUUCGAGGCCCGGCUUGGAACCAAUGGAAGUUACUGUCGUCUUUGUGGGCUCAAACAACAUAUUGAACAGCAUUAGCAGUUCCCUAAACACCUCCAGUUCAAACGCCGACGUCGGCUCCUGGACCUCUGGAUCCCUCUCCCUCCAAAACAUAUCCGUGUAUCCCGGCACUCGUCUCUCUGUACUUUACAAUCCUUGUUCAACUUGUGAUUAUAAUAUCAUUGUCUCUUACCAAACUUCAGAUGGGAAUCUCCAUAUUGGUAAUCAGACGAGUAGUAGUUCAGUAGCGGGUACGACGACCACGAGUAGCAGCAUGAGUAUUACCACGGACACAGCCAAGUUUAUGAGUAUCAGAAAUGAGAACGCGGAUUCCUGGGAGAUAUAUGACGUCUACGGUGCACAAUUAGGGACGGCAGUCGCGUUCCAGAAUAAAACAGACAAGCCAGAUAAUCGCGCAAGCCUGUACUGGCAGUGGGAAGGAGUUAAUAUUACGGCGUGGGAUUGGUAUCCGAGAGUUAGCUGGUCAGCUACAAGUCAUUGGCUCAGCGCUUCCAAUCCUCAACCUUACCCACCUCUCACCCCGAUCGCCACGGGCUCCACACAUCGACUUGUCUCAAAUGGAAAUCAAGCUUGGCAAGUCAUCUUGACCCUUUGUAGUACGGGUGUACGAGUAGAUGUUACGGGGGGAGAAGCGAGCGCAUGGAUUCUAGUGGAUGGGCAUCCAAAUGAGAUGAGUAAUUCAACGGGGACAGGAAAGCUGUACAAGAAUAUUGCGGUUACGGAUUUGGGGAUGGCAUUUGUGGUGACAAAUAAUGGAACGGCGGGGGAUAGCGUGGAAGUGUGGAGGCUGAGAGAUGAUUUUAUUAGUUGGGAGGGGUUGGGGACGAUGGAUCUAGAGGGGGCUUGGGACUAAUCAAUUGAUUAGUAACACUGUACUCGGAUUUCGAGGAGAUAUAUGAAUCGUUUAUUGAUUGAUGUUACUGGGAGAAAGCCAUUUCGAUCUGCAGAAAAUUCUUAGGUAACGAACACUAGUAUCGGUAGCAUUAUCUAUCUAAUGCAAUCACACCAUGAACCAUGUGACA